AUGAAUCAUGAAUUGGGAAAUUCUAUUGCAAGCAACGUGAUUGAUACAUUUAAUGGAUUGACCAUAAAAUCGGGAAAGCCAGUUGUUAGAUCAAAUGGGGUAGAAGAGUGGACGGUGCUUGCUAGUGUGGUUGCAAUUGUCAACAACAACAUUAUGCCAAUUACCUUAGCAACAGGAGUGAAAACUUUACCAAACAAAGUCAGAUCUUAUUCAAAUGGUUUAAUGGUACAUGAUAUGCAUGCAGAAAUAUUAGCCCUUCGCUUAUUCAAUUAUUAUUUGCUAGAGAAGGACUGUCCAUUGGUCGAGUACCUGGAGGAUACUAGAAAGCUAAAAUGUGAUGUCAAGUUGGCACUUUUCAUUAGUGAGCCCCCAUGUGGUGAUGCAUCUAUGUCAUACAUUUCCUCCAGCCUAACUGAUAAUGAACCUUGGACUCCACGAAAGAAACAAAAACUAAACAGAGGAAGAAACAAUUUUGGUGAAUUAGGGGUUGUCCGAACAAAACCUGGAAGAUCAGACAGUUUGAUAAGUUAUUCCAAGUCAUGCUCAGAUAAAUUGUGCUUGAAACAGUUGGUUGGUAUAUGCAAUGCUACAACAUCAACUUUGUUUAGGGAUAACAUUUUUCUUGAUUAUUUGGUGACUAAAAAUCUUUCUUUUGAAGAUUUCCAUCGGUGCUUCAGAACAAGAUUUGAUCUACGAAACGCGACACAUCCCCUACAGUUGCUAGCUUACAAUUGCGAUGGCUAUGGAUUUACAAAGAGUGAAAAGAAAUCGCCGUCGCCAUUGUGUCUUCUUCAUAUCGUUCCUUUGAAAGUGAUUCAGGUUUUGAACAAUGGUGUGAAAAAUGGGUCCUUCAUAAAAGACAAGCCUCCUAAGAAAGGUGGUGAAAGUAUUAUAUGCAACCAACAUUUCAUGCGAAAGCUAAAACAGAUACGUGAUGUUGACUAUCCAGAUUAUCUAACUUUUAAACACUCCAAUAAGGAACGACUGGCAUUAAAGAGGAUGGGGAAGGAGAAACUAAAAGACUGGGUUCUGUCUAAUGCCGACAAUUUUUUAUUAUAG